CCCUCCCCUGGCCUGGGUGAUCUCAGCUUGGCCUGAGUCCCUGUAUCCUCUGCCCAGGGCAGAGAGCAAUAAAGGACUGCAAAGAAUAAGUCUCUUGCCCUCUGUCCCCCACACCCCACAGGAGACUCUCAGGAAAGUUUUCUUGAAUGAGCCCAGGCCCAGAUAGGAGUUGGGAAGUAGUGGGCCCCAGGUCAGGCCCCUACACACAGCAGCUCAAGCUUUCAUUCCAAUCAGGAAACUCCAGAUAAGAAACUGGAGGUUCCUUGAGGGGUUGUGACUUGCCCAAGAUCUGACUCAGUUGACAGCACCUGCUUUAAACUACCCCUCUCUGCAGGAUAGGUGGGGGGACAAAACAUGCAGAGAGACUGGGAGUGUAAAGCCCUGCCAAGAGAAGUCCCAAAUGCCAACCUCUGUCAGAAUAUGGUGACAUGGAACUGGUGAGUCACUGACCCAUCCAAGACAAGAAAAUUUGAAGCCCUUCAGUCAGAGGUGACAAGGGAGCUGUGCCCCAAACCUUCCAUCUUCCCAGGGAGAACAAUGCUCACUUUGGACUUGAGUCAGCUGCACUCUGUUCACUCAUACAGAGUCCCAUCUGUGUUAGGCUCUCCUCUUUCUUUCCUUACUGUCCAGUUGGAUUGCCGUCUCCUUCUUCUAGGUCUAAGUCUUUCCCUGGGUUAGGGCUGUUUCCUAAUUCCAGCUCUGUAGUUCUUGGGUCCAGGGUCAGUCUGUCUCACCCUUGGUUUGGGCUCUGACAAGACAUCAUCUGCCCAGUGAGCAGCACCUACUCGUUCCCUCCACCUGCACCCCUUGCUCAAUACAUAUCCCUCCCUCCAAAAUAACACACUAGCUUCCCGACUUGCCCACUGCUGCUGUUGCGUACUAAGCAAUGCACGAAUCAACCUGAAUCAACCCGCUGAGUUCUCCAGGGGAGUAUGCGACAGAGACUUCUGAGGGUCACAGAGGUUAAGAACGGGCUCAGUCACUCUGCCCUGCUCAGGGGCAGGGCAUCUUCUUCAACUCGCUUCGGACUCAUAAGGAACGAGUCCAACAGCCAGGUUUAUAUCAUCCAGGUCACAGAUGGCAGCCAUGAAUGGACAGUCAAGCACCGCUAUAGUGACUUCCAUGACCUGCAUGAAAAGCUUGUUGCAGAGAGAAAAAUUGAUAAAAAUCUACUUCCACCCAAAAAGAUAAUUGGGAAAAACUCGAGAAGCUUGGUGGAGAAGAGGGAGAAGGAUCUGGAGGUCUACCUCCAGACACUCCUGGCUGCCUUCCCCGGCGUGGCCCCCAGAGUCUUGGCCCACUUCUUGCAUUUUCAGUUCUAUGUAAGUUCCUCUUUGGGUUCUCACCUUUGCCUGCAAACCCUCAGCCACUAAAGCUCAAGGAGGCAAACAGGAGAAGUGGCUGGACUUUGACCCUAAGACUAGAAAAUGGAGGAUCAUUGCCCAAGUUGGGGGUGGGCUGUGAGCAGAACGUUUGUGGACAUGUUCACAGUUUGUCUUAAAUUAGACUGACUGUAGCCACAGAGAGGCUUUACUCUACCAUGAGACAUUUUGUUUAGCAAAACUGGCCUGUGGGUGUUUAAGGUAGAUUUCCAUCUAAACGGAUGAGGGUAGAUUAGACAGCUGACACCUCGCAUAGACUGUUGUUGAGUUGUUGGGUCACAGCUCAAGGCUAAUUAAGGGAUCAGUCUGUGAUGGCAGAACAUUACCAUCUUGGGGCCCUUAGUCUGGGUCCACAAUGGCAGGUUGCAGAGGCUGAGGGUAAACACCCUCCUUACAGGGGAGAGUACUUACAGAGCAUUUGGGUAGAGUAACAAUCACGGGCCACUGGUGACAGAAUAAGUUGUCAGACCCCAAGCUGUGCAUGAUGGUACAGUACUUCAGAGGAUGAGGCUGGUCAUGAGCUUGAUGCCAGCCUAGCUACCUAGCAAGACCUUGUCUCAAAAAAGAAGUAAAGGGCUGGCGGAGUAGCUCAAGCAGUAAAAGUGCCUGCCCAGCAAAUGUGAGGCCCU